UUUGCCCAAUAGCGUUCGAAGCGGUCAUAAAACGCGCACGAAUUUUCGGUCUUCAAAGAUAUUUUCAAGUGCGUUGCUCACAGAUACACAAUAGCAUAACGGAUAAAGAAAAGCAAACAAAGAAGAUCAUUUUUUCUGCUUUUAUUUCGCAUUAUAACAUUCUUCUCAAUUAAAGACCUUAAUUAAUUGCAAAGAUGAGCAACCUACAGCAUAUUGCAGUCGAGAUGGAUAAGCUUCCCAGUAAUAAAACACCAGCGAAUAAUCAAGGUAAUCACAACGAGGCCUUGGGCGAGAUCGAUGGUCGUAAGUUGCGCACACCACGAGCAGUUCCCGAAAUCGAUGAUGAUGAUAACGAUGAACGACCUUAUGCAAAAGGCUCCAAUGCUGGCGUGGAUGAUGGUCUUUUAGGUAAUGGAGGUGGUAAUGUUGGGAUGGAUGUACCCCGUCCGAAUGGUGGACGACGUCCUAGCUAUGCGUUUCCCGGCUAUAAUGGUCCCGAAUUCGUCAAUAUCAAUGGCGUGGAGACGCCCAUACCGGAUGUAAAUGCAUAUCAGCAUAAGAAGACGCUGGCGCAGGGCAUGAUGGAUCUGGCCCUGCUAUCGGCGAAUGCUAAUCAGUUGCGCUAUGUGUUAGAAACAGGCAGUGGGCAUCCGUAUUAUUAUCCCAGCCUCAUUUUCAUUUCGCUAAGCAUUUUAUUCCAGAUUGCUGUCGGCAUUGGACUUAUAUGGAACGGUCGGUUCAAUAUCAAGAACGAACAGGAGAUUUGUCGUGCGAACAAAAUUAAUAAUUACACAGUCAUUGGCAUUUUCAUUGUAACGGUUGUCAAUGUUUUAAUAUCAGCGUUUGGCGUUGCCGAUCGCUCAUCCGUCACCACAACAUAGUGUACAUUUUGUUAGUAGUUUCACCUUUGAAUCUCUAUAAACUAUACUUUUAGGUACAUAUUCACAAUUUCACCAAAUUCACUUUUCUCAUUUUUAUUUUGUAAUGCUGUUGUGAUAAAUAAAUUAAAAGCCAUCAAC